GGACCUGUUCCGAAAAGCAACCAGUUGGUACCUGGCUGUCAGCCUUCAGAUUGUUUCAAGGAAAUCAAAGGAAGAAGUAAUACACUAUGCAUGAUUCCCACACAUUACCUGCAUCGAGUUAUCGCCAUGGCAGACAAAAACAUGAUGGUCGGAAAUGCAACUGUUGUCCAUAUGGAUAUCACAUAGACUUGGAUUUUGUCAGAUAUUGUGAAAAAGUCGCUAAUUCACAACUUUUAGGGAGUCAUAAAAAACCUUUAGGGCGUUCUCGGACAGUCAGAAAAAAAAGAGAAUCGAUAGAAUCUCUAUUGGGUUUAGAAGCGCCAACACAAACACUCGAAAAUGCAGAUAUUGAAGGGAAAAAAGAGGAAAAAAGAAAUGAAAAUUUUUUUGAUGAUUUUAAAGAAGCUGUUUUAGAUUUUGAGCUGAUGUGCAAAAACACAAGUCCUAACAAAACGCAUGUGAGAAAACAAGAAGAUGUGAGCCAGUAUACUACACUUGUUAAAAAUAACGAUAUACAGCCGAAGGAUUUCUUUGAAUCUGAUGUGUGUUCUGCCUGUAAAUCGAAUGGAUCAUGCAGUGAAAGUGCAAUAAGAUUGCAGGACAUACGAACACAGAUGGCAAAAAGCUUAAAACGGAUGAAAGAGCUUGAAGAUGAAGUAAAACUAAUGCCUCAACUAAAGAACCAAUUAAAAAAACUAAGUUGGGAAAACAAACAUUUAAUAAAACUAUUGGAGCUUAAAGACGAGCGUACGGAACAGAUAAAAAAAGAACAUUACAAAGGUGUACACACCAGAACUAUAGGAACCAGUUGUAACAUAUUGCAGCGAAAUGUGGCUGUUUCGACGACCGUUGCCUUAUCUUCCAAGAGUACUUGUACAGAACCCAACAUAAUUAUCAAACCUAAAAUAGUGAUGAAGCACAUCUAUACCAACACCGAUUUUAGUGAUGACUACAUUAAUUCAGAAGCAUCUAAAUAUAAAUCUUCAAAUCUAUUAUUUUUUCAUGAAGCGAUAAAAAAAAAUGUAGAAACAAAGAAUUUUGGUGUCCAAGUCGAAAUUCCUUCAGUAUCAUGUGUUAAAAAACAUGUUUCGGUUCAGAUUAAACCCAUAUGUUCGAGUGUGUUUGUACAUACUGAGCUUCAUGUAAGUGAUUCCGCCACACAAACCACUAAAAUAUUGAAAAAAGAUGUAGGUGUAGAAAUAAAUACAAACGAUAUUUAUAUUCUUAAAUGUGAUAUCGGGACAAAUACGGAAAAAGUAAUGAAAGUUACAAGUUUUUCUAAGUAUUCUGACACUAUGGAUUUGUUGAAAACAGCAGAUGUAAGCGUAAACACUGCAAAAAAAAAAAGAGUUGAUGCAUCUGUAGAAACUUGUGAAAAGCUAAAUUUUCCCCACAAUAAGAUAGAACUUUUAUCAGAAGCGAAAAAAUAUAAAAAGGAUAUCGAGGAAACAAAUAAAUUAAUUCUAAUUUCCAAUCCAUUGCGUAACAAAUGCAAUGAGAAAGCAGAAACUACAGAUGAAAUUCAAGAAAAAAAUUUUCCAACUAUUCCUGUAGCAUCUAAAAGACUAGAAAAGAAAGAGCCAACAAAAGAAAUGAAGGGUGCUAUGAAAGUUCUAAAUGACUUUCUGCAAAAGUCAGCUGGCAGAGAAAUGCCUUAUAACAUGAAAAAUGCCAUAAAUAUUAUACAACAGGAGUGGUUCAAGGUAUCUAGUACUGCUGAAGCUAACCCAUUAGAUGUUGAAGACUAUUUAGAUUGUUUUGAAGAAUUAUCUGUUACUCUGCUUGAAUAUAUUGUUAAUAUGACUGAUGUUUCAGGCAACACUGCUAUGCAUUACGCAGUUUCUAAUGGGAAUUUUGAUGUUGUUUCUAUAUUACUCGAUUCAAAGGUGUGCAAUAUUAAUAAACUUAAUGCUGCUGGUUACACAAGUAUCAUGUUGGUUGCACUGACUAAGGUGAAAACAGAAACAGACAGGCAAGUUGUGAGGAGACUCUUUCAUAUGGCUGAUGUGAAUAUUCGUGCUAAACAACAUGGCCAGACUGCUCUUAUGCUCGCAGUUUCACAUGGUAGAAUUGAUACUGUUCAGCUUCUUUUAGAGUCAGGAGCUGAUAUUAAUAUUCAAGAUGAAGAUGGUAGUACAGCUUUAAUGUGUGCUGCAGAACAUGGAUACAUAGAUAUUGUUAAAAUUCUUCUUGCUCAACCUGAUUGUGAUCUGUCCAUAACGGAUUUGGAUGGUAACACUGCUCUUGCUAUUGCUAUGGAGGCAGGAAAUAGAGAUAUUGGUGUUUUGCUGUAUGCCCAGGAGCAUUUUUCAAGAACAAAUUCUCCGUUUGGAUCAUUGAAAAUUCGUCGAGCAAAAAGUGCUACACCAACCCUUAGAACUCGCUCUCCCACCCCUCCGAAUUGUUCUCUUGAACACUCACUGUAACAUAUGAUAGUGUUUAUUUAAUAUAAAAAAAAAAAAUCAAUUUUUUUUUUCUUGGUUCUAUGUUUGGUCCUCUAAAAAAUUCAAUUUUUGUAAGUCCUCCUAAAAAUGUAUCGAUUCAUAUAAUAUUUUAUUAGCCAUAAUCUCGGUAAAUAUAAUUUAUUUACUAAAUUUACUUUAAAGUGUGUUGGAUAGUCAUUAUUAAUUAAUCAUUCAUAUUUAUUAUAGUUAUUGAUUGCAUUGUAGGAUCAAGUGGAUAAAUUUGAUAAGUUACAAUUUUAGAAAAAUUGAAUAAUUGUCAUAAUAAAGGUUUAAAGUGAUAUAUUUUAUAUAUUCUACUUCUAUUUACACAAUUAUUCUAUUGUUACCUCAAAACUGAGUUAAUAAAGGUUCUAAGUGGUGUUACACAUCUGCAUUAUACUUAAUAUAGAUGAUAUGAAUUCAGUUUUCUCAGAAAUCAAGAAUGUUCUUUCAUCUUCAUUCUCUUGACCCUUCAAUCAGUUAUUUUCAGUAUUUAUCUAAAAGUAGAAAAUAAAAUAAUCAUAUUCUACUCUUAUUUAAUUAUAAUUUUAUAACAGGAGCAUAAAUUAAACCUUAAAUUUUUAAGAAUUAUUAUAUCUUGAGCUAGAUAGUUUAAUUAAUGUUUUUAUUCUUGUUUGUUUGGCAUCUUAAAUUUAAUUUAAUUUUGAUUCUGUUAUUAUUAUCAUUAUCUUUAGGAUAAAAAUGCUUGUUACAAAUUGUAACCUCUAAUCAAAGUGAUAUUAAUAUUAUUUUCAACUCAUCUUAUUCAUUUCUUCUCAAUAAUGCAUCUUUUUGGCACUGCACUUGAACUAAAUCGUUUGAAGUCUAAGGCAAUAUUGAUGUUUUGGGGAUUAUUUGGCUCUUAUAAAAGCAGCACUGGGAAAUAUAUAUAUAU